UCAAAUAUUAAAUCCUUAAAAUCCCAGCAAGAAGUAAUUGAUGAAAACUUAAAAGAGUAUUUAUCGAAAAGCAUUUCCGAUCUUGAGAUCAUUUCCACUCCUGAAAACUAUCCAACUGAAACUCAUAGUGUUUCAUCAUUAGCUGAGCUUUAUUACUUAACUCAAACCUUGCCCUUGAUCAAAUUAUUACCCGGCUGUCAUAAGACUCUAAUGACUGAUAAUUUUGAACUGGCUUUAUUUGAAGGUAAAAUCGCUGUUUUAUAUUCGAGAAUUGAAGAAUUGAAAAGACAAAGUAAAUGGUCUUUACGUCAACCCAUUCGCUAUUACGAUCCUUUUCUUUACAAUAAAAAACAUAAAAGAGUCAAGAGUUUUCAUUCAGAUAAUUUAUUGAAUGAAGGUAACUGGAUGGCUGCUGAUUUUAAGGAGUCUUCAAAAUUCAAAAAGUCUUGCUGUUUCAAUAUGGCUCAAUCUAUCAUGGAUUAUUGGACUUAUGGUAAGAUAAUAGAGAUUAAUGGUAUGUUCAAACUCAAUGCAGAUAUCAAUGAUAUGAAAAAGAUUGAUCAAUCCAUUAUUAAGAACUUACCAAAAUUCACCGCAUUUGAUGAUGAUGAUACCACACAGAUUUCAGGCUCGCCUUUCAAAUCAGAAGUAUCCCCAAUGGUUUCAAUUUCGCGAUUAUUACAUCCCUUCGAAGACAAUGACGAUUGGUACAAGAUCGUCUUAAAAGAUUCUAAGAACAGUAAUGCCAAAAAUAGUUCCCAAGGCCCUCCUGAAUAUCAAAAGGGCCUUUUUGGUUUUCAAUCCCAUCGUCGUUUUAAUUAUUUGAAGCCUCCUAAGCCACCUUUGAUUAAAAAUAUCGAAUACAGGUCACCAACCAUUUGGCUUCCCCAAGAUGAUAAGUUUUUAAUCCAUUAUGUUGCAGAAUUUGCAUUUAAUUGGGAUUUGAUUUCAGAACAUUUACUGAAUACCUCCUCAACUUUGAAAAAAUAUGAAUCCAACAUUGAAAGAAGAAAUCCUUGGCAAUGUUUUGAAAGGUAUAUUCAAUUGAAUGAAAAGUUUCAAUUUUCUGAUAUGAAGGGGCUUUAUGCAUAUCAUGCUCAGCAGUGGUUGGAACAGGCACACAGAGCUCAACUGACUACCAAAAGAAGGAUCUCACCAUUAGGUGUUGGUAAUGAAUCAAUUCAAAGAGGUCACCGUAGAUUGAGAUGGGCUUCGAUGUUUGAUGCAAUGAGAAAGAGCAUGAGAAAGAGAGAAACUCAGGCUGCAAAAAUCGCCCAGCGUAGAUCUACCAAUAAUGACACUGGAGCUUCCAAUGCCAACCCUAAUACUAACGUCAAUUCCAAUGGCAAUCCUACCAAACGCGGUUCAGAUAGAGUUCCUACUCCCGCUGAAUUAUCUCGCUUGAAAUUUGAAAGAGAUAAGUCUAUACAAGAGGCCUAUAUGAAUCAACAGGCGACAAGAUCUAGAAUGAUGGCCGCACAACUUAAUGUACAACAACAAAAGCAGCAACAGAUGAGACAACAGGCAUUCGCUCAAGGUUUGGCCAAGCGCCCAACCACUCCGAAUGGAACCCCUUAUACACCAGAACAGAUCCAGCAGUUAUUGCAAAUCCAAAAACAAAGAAGGCUCAUGCAACAACAACAGAACCAAGCUGCUAAAACUGCUACUUCAGCUCAAGGGAAUACUAACUUGAAUAUGCAAAAUCAAUAUCAGAACAAGAGGCCGCCUUCUAAACCACGAAUUCAAUUCGCUCCUGCUCAAGUCUCAGCUAUCAUCAAUUCUAUCCAGACCAAAAAUCCUAAUUUAACCAAGGAACAAGUUACUAGACUAGCCGCGACUUAUUUGGCCAAUUAUCAGCAACAA